AUGGAUCACUUCAGUGACCUACUGGUUAAGCUUUGUCCUGAUUCUAAAAUUGCUGCUGAUGUAAAAUGUAAAAGGACAAAAACGAAAUGCAUCAUAAAAAAUGUAUUAGCUCCGCAUUUUCAUAGUAAGCUAGUUGAUAGCUUAAAGAGGAAUACCUUUUCAUUAAUAAUAGAUGAAACAACAGAUGUGUCGACAAAAAAAGAGCUAGCUUUAGUGACAAGACAGUACAGUCCAGAGUUGAAGAAUGUUUCAUGCUCCUUAUAUGAAUUGAUCCAGUUAGAUGCAGGAAAUGCUGAGGCCAUUUUUCAGUCAAUAUGCAAAGUUUUAGAAAGAGAUAACAUACCCUUAAGCAACAUCAUAGGGUUUGCUGCCGACACUAUAGAUGUAAUGUUCGGACCACACAAUAGUGUUGUUUCUCGUUUAAAGCAAAAGGUUCCAAAUGUUUUUGUUUUCCAAUGCAUUUGUCACAGUGCACAUUUGUGUGCUUCACAUGCCUGUGAGAAACUCCCUCAAACAGCAGAGGAGCUUAUUCACGAUACAUAUAAUUACUUCUGUCAUAGUGCCAAACGCCAGGCUGAAUUUGAAAAGUUUCAAGCUUUUGCAGAAGUGGAACCACAUUGCAUUUUAAAACGCUGCCAAACUCAUUGGUUGUCUUUGCAUUCGUGUGUCUAG